AUGUCCUCGUUAUUUGCCCUUUUGCAAGUCCGUCAAAUCUCGACGACAGCUGCUUGCUUGGGCAAGAAGAAUUUCCGCAAGUUUCUCGUGCCAAACAAACGCGGAACGCGUCACGAGAAAGCCAUGCGUGGAAAACCAGGCGGUCUUCCGAUCGACCAUCGAGGUGUUCGUCCCACGGGUAUUUACGACGAAGCCGGCAACUUUAUUGCUGUGCCCGAAAUGGUGCCGGAAAUCAUUGUGCCCGAUUUGAAAGGUUGCGAAUUUCAGCCGUACGUUUCGUAUCGCACGCCCGAUGUCACACAAUCCGAAUUUACGAGCCAGGAUUUGUUCAAUGCUGUCUACGCGAAGAAGAUUGUCGAAGAUUUCAAGGCAAAUAAGCUGAACGAGGCGGGAGAACCACUCGAACCGAGUCCCGAGGAAAAAUUAACGCCGGAUGAAGCGAUAGUGAUGGCUCGAAAAACUGGAUCCGACUUUUUGUAGCGUCAUUUUUUUAAUAUUUAAUUAAAUUUAGAAGAGUUAAAAAUUUUAUUAGAGAGAAAA